GGUAUUUCGUGGAGCACAAAGUACUGUCCAACGAUGAACGGAAAAAUUUAAUAAGCAUUAUAGUGGACGAUGUUCAAGCCAGAGGACUUUUCCUUUAUUGCACGAGGACCUCGUAACAACGCGUCCGGAAAACUACAUUCGCAAUAUAAAAAGGUUAAGUUAACUACGAUGGAUGAGAAUUCUUCUAUUCAAGCUAAUUCACAAGUUUUUGAAAUCGACGAAUUCGAGGCGGCAGCAAAGAAAGCAUUGCUAAAAAGAGACUGCUCAGAUUGGGAUUUAGUCUGUGCCAACUGGAAGGAUAAUUUUCCUCUUCUUCAGCGGGAGUCUAAGGAAAUGGACAGUGUAACAUUCUUUCAGGAGUGGACUAAAUUUAGCUACGCUAAAGUAACCGAUCUGCAAAACUUGCUUUUUUCUCAAUGGGAUAACUUUAAAUCAAAGAUUUUCGGUUAUUAUAUGGAAAACAUAACAAAUGAGUACUGCAAGAAGCUGCUAACUCAAAUUGGCGAGACUUCCCAGAUUGGUAAAGUAUUUUUGAAAUGGUUUUGAAAUGUUUAUAUGAAA